GUCAUUUUGCGUCAUUAUUAUUUAUUUAUUUUCUCUUUGACCCCCCCUGUCUGCGUCGUUUUCUCUCUGUAAAUUGUCCGCCUAUCCUCGUGGUCUUAUGAGGGGUACAGACUUGGAGCUCAGUGGAAUGUCUUGUAAGGUUUUUGUUUGUUUUGCAUGUAAUGUUUUUGAUGUGAGGCUAUCCUCUGCACAUUGUAUAACAAAUCAGUGUUACCAUGGUAAGUUUAAGUGCAAUCAUGCAGGCUUGUACUUGAGAGUGAAAGUCUGUCGUCUUGUUGUCCAGGAUGAGAUUCAGGUGAAAAAAAAAAAAAAAAAAAAAACUUUUUCUUUGUUCUUUUAAAAAGACGUAAAAGUACCUAGACACUUCAGAGUGGAAAGAAGAAUGUGUGUAUAUAUUUUAAUAAAAAGGAAACAGAAAUAUUUCGCUGGACAAGCACAUAUAAAAGGACAGUUCAAUUUUUUUCAGGAAUUGCAGUUAUAACCUACACAAAUGCAAGUUAAACAGAAGAACUGGGUAUAUGUAAAGAUUAUCUUUCUAUAUUCUACAAAUAAGAGUCUAUUCUAGUGUGUAAAUUAGUGACAGUAAGCUGUUUGUCCCAAUAUUCAGGUUAUAAAAUGUAUUUUAAUAUUCAUGAAGAAAUCCACAGAAGUCGGGCUCACACAUUAUCUUGUUUUUUUUGUUUUUUUUUCCUUUAGACGACAGACAUAUCACACGCGGGACAUUAAUGAUACGCUGAAUGUGUCUUUUUCUGAUAAUUUCAUAUCUUUGCUAUAAUUCUGAAAUUUUUGGAAAUGGUGUGAAACUGAUGCAACUGUUUAUUUUGGUGUGUUGUCGUGCUUUAAAUGUUUGAGGUUUUUUUUUUGUUUGUUUUUUUUGUUUGUUUGUUUGUUUUUUCAAAAGUACCCCAACAAUGCACUGCAUGGAUCUGAUGCAUCAUGCGUCCUAUUCACUGUGAGCUGAUGGGGAAGAGAUCAGCCUAUAACAUGUUGGACUUCUUUUCUUCUUUUUUUGGUUCUGAAUAAGUUGGAACUCUACGAUGGUGGCGUGUGUCCUUGUCGUUCCAUGUUUUUUGCCUGGUAGUUAUUGAAGCUCAGCAUGCAUUUCAUCUACAAAGCCAUUUUGUAAAUUACAAACAUGGAAGAAGAAGAAGAAGAAGAUAAAGAGAAAACGUUGCACUUCGUCGCUGAGGGCUUUUAUUGUGUAAAUAGAGGAAUCUGUUGUGCAAGCUGAUGAACUGCUUGAUUAGAGAGUUCAGCUUUGUGAAGACUGUAAAGGGACCAAAACUGGGGUAAAAGGAGAUGUACAUAAUGUCUAUAUUUCCAGUGCUCUACUCUGACAUCUGCAGUUGAGAUCAGGAUGUACAUGUCGCCUCCUGAACGGACGGGAGCAGUGCUGGUUAAACCGAUCGACUCUCUCUUCCUCCAGCAGUUGUGAACUGAGAUUUGCUGUGGAAAUCAAAACCAGACUGUUAUAGGAAGUGUGCUGCCAUCAAUUACAUGCAGUUUUCCUUUCAUACAUGCAAAUACACACAAACAAACACAGUCUCACACGCGCACACAAACAAAUGUACACACAACCGGCUGCGAGCUGUUCGAUCUGACGAGUGACGCGUUUUGAAGAAAGGAAACGACAGGAAUGGCCUCAUUUAAAUGUGCAUUCUGUUUGUACAGUGAAUAGUGAGUCAGUAAGACCCCAGUUAUUGUAAAACUUCAACUGUGACAAUGUUGAGAACGCAAAAUAAACAAAUAUAUGACUUAUGGUACAUUGGCUGUGUUUCUCCGUUGGUAAAUUAAUGGACUUCUUUGUGGUAGCUUGCUGUAAAGGAGAGAAAAACGAGUUGGGGAAACAGAUAUUUACACAAAUGGUAAAAGUAAAAACUUUUGCUUUUCUCUACAUCUGAAGAUGAUAUUUGACUUCACUUUUCAGACAGAAUCAUCCAAAUUAUUUCUUCUUGCUAAAUGCCAGAAUAAUGACAGAUUUAAAAAAAAAAAAAAACAAACAAAAAAAACGUAUUCCGGUGCAUGAGUUUGCUUACAAUUUUGUAGUAUUUGGUAGAAUUGUCUUUUAGGUUGUAUAACUUGCAUCAAAUGUUUUUGAAAGUCUUCCCAUUCCUCCUGACUAGGCAGGUGUGACUGAUUGAAGUGUGUACACUUCAUUUCUUAGAUCAGCGUCAUGUUCAGACUCCCCCCUGCUGUGUUUGAAGUUCAUAUACAGUAACCUCUGCAGGCCCGUAUGCAAUGGAUAGUGAAAAAUACAUUUAACAAGUUAGACCAAUUAUACCUACUCAUUUUAUUAAAGAAUAUAAUAUGUCUCUUCUUUAUGUACAGUAAUAAAACAAGAUAUGAAUCUUUGCUUUUCGUAUCCUGUCCUGACAUUGUUCUUUAAAGAUUGAAUUUAAAAUCUAUCAAAGAAAGACACCAAUUCUGCAUGCAAUAUAUCAGGUAAAAAUGUUUAAAAGAGAAGGGGCAUAAUCAGGUCAGAAAAUUCAAAUCCCCUCAGCUAAAGCGAGAUGUUCAGUGGAUUAGUACUCAAAUGUUUGUGACAUUAGACGAUUUUCAUCAUCAGACCAGUUGCAUUUCAUUUAAUUUCCAUUUUUGCUUCAGUUUUGAUCUGGUAUUGAAAAGAUUCAGGAACUUCACCGUUUUAAUUUCCACAACAGGGGAGCGUUAAAACAUCACUUUCUAUAUUUCCACUAGAGGGCAUCUGUUAAAUUUAAAUUAGGAAAAAAUGGGACCGUUGCACUGUUACACCACCUAUAGGUCGAAAGUAUGACUGCAGAAUUUCUUUGGUGGAAGCGUAUAAUCUUACUUUUCCAAACUACAUAACAGAAGCAUGUCUUUAGGCUCAGAUGGUGUAGGUUUUAGCACAUACAAUCAGCAAUGUAAUAUAUCACAAGGCUUCCAUUUGUACUUUUCCGUUAUCCCCAGCCUCGAGCCAUGCAGUGAAUGGUUACAGUGCAUUCACUGGAAAGCCUCAGCUAACAUAUUCAUAGAUAACUCUUAUCACUUCAAAGCAGACGGACUUCCUUCAUGUCAUGUGAGCUAUAACUGUGCGGUGCUAUUGGUGCACUCCUCACCCCGACGCUGUUCAAUUUGAGGUUUUAUAUCUCUGUGCUCACUACGCAUCAGUUAGGAGGGGGAAAAGUUUCAGAAGAUCUUCCUAAUGUUCAAACUGGACAACAGCAGACAGUUCAUAAGGAUGACUGGCAUCAGCAGAAGAAAUCUUGAGAUUGGCCUGACACAGAAAGGAUGCUGCUCCACAGUGUGACCUUAGCUGUUUAUCUUCUCCUGGCCUCAUCAAGUGCCCAGAGAACUGUCCAGUCCUGUGUGUUUUCAGAGCUCCAGCCAUCUGGGUUGAGAGUCAACUGCAGCUCUUUAAACCUCAUGGAGUUGCCUCAUCUGCCUUCAGAGACCACAGAACUGUUUGUGCAAGACAACCGGCUCACCUCAGUGCCACCAGGAAAGUUUGACCGGUUGGCUAACCUUAGAAAGGUGUCCCUGUCUCCGAACCCGUUCCGCUGUGACUGUAGCAUCCAGUACCUGAGGUACUGGCUGCUGAAGAACAGGGCUGUUGUCUCAGAGGAGCCUUUAUGUUCCAGUCCAGGCUCUGUAGCUCAGAACGCCAUCACUGACCUAAGUGAUGCCUACUUCUCCUACUGCACCUUUCCACUCGUACAUCAAACAAGCACCUCAGGCUGUGUUUAUGUCUCUUACAACACCAUCGCAUCGGUGAUGCUGUGCUGCAUUAUUAUUCUGCUUUUGUGGAGCUUAAUACUUGCCAGAAAAUCUACUUUCACCAUAUACGUGGAAGAGCGACAUUCAGGAUUUGAGGCGGACUCUCUGCGCUCACUGAAACCCAAACACAGGAGGAGGCUGCACCCAGAACUGUCGGAGCUCAGCGCCGACUCUGAAUCUGUCGUUUUGUCCGAGGACCUAGAGAGGCCACUUAUCUCCAAGUCCAACAUGGAGUUACUCCCACAAGUGCUAGAAACAUUACACAAGAAGCACAAUAUAAAGAUAAAGGCCAAUUAACAGACUUUUAUUCAUACUUUAGCAGAACUACAAAUAAGUAAGAAGCGGGAAGUGAGGCUGUGAGGGUUUGCAAAGACGCUACAUGGGUUUUUAUAAUUUGUUUCCGUUCUUAACUGCACCAGCCCAUUUAUCAGAAACUUCACCUCUGUCUGAGUUUUACUUCAUUUGUUUUUAUAUUUUACGAUCCAGACUUAAUUUUACUUAAAUAAAUGUGAAAACUUGCUUUUUAAUUUUUCUUCAGUUCCUUACAAUCAAUUGCACUUUGCCUUCUGCUAUCAAUACUGAACUAUUUACCUUCCAUAAACAUCCUAAUGUAGGGGUACUUACUACUAUUUUUCAUAAUUUACUAUGAUCACAUGUUUUCCUUUCCCCUUAUAGCUCUUAAAGUUUUCAUUGAACAAUGGCUUUUUUCUUACCACUCUUCUACAAAAACCUGAUUUGGGUAGAGCAUGAUUAUUAACUGCCCUGUUCUCAGAGUCUUCUCCAGCAUUACCUAAAACCUCUUUACUUCUUUAAACGACAUUCUCUUUGUUGUGUCUAUCAAUCUAAGUGGGAAACCAUAUCUAGGUAGGUCCCACAUAACACCUAUUUUCAGAUAGAUUCAAUAAUGCUCCAAUCAAUUCAAAGCCUAUAAUGUCUGUAUUGUUCCUUGAGCUCCAUGAUGCUGUUUGUUCACUGAUGUUCUCUAACAGACCUCUGAGGCCUUCACUAAGCAGAUGCAAUUAUACUGAGGUUAAACUGCACACAAAUAGAGACACUUUACUAUUUCAGUAACUUCUGAAGGCAACAAAGUAGAUUUUAUUUAGGAGUAAGAGUAAAAAGGUUAAAUACUGAUGUUCGUUACACUUAUUAGAGUUUUAUUUAUUUCAAAAAAUCUGUUUUUUCCCCUUCCACAGCAAAAAUGUUAGCUUUAUAAGGCAAAAGGGAAGGUCAGUACAGCCUACUAGCUUGUGCCUGGACAUAGCUUGUUUUCUUCAUUGGAUGGACUGAUCUGGCUUAGCUCAUAUAAGCAAAAUUGACUGGUAAACAUUAACGUAAAUCAUUGGCGCACCAAGUGAGAGAAUCCUGAUCAAGUACAGACUAUUCAUCAAAGGGAAGACCAACCAUUGUUUCUUGUUUCCUGCAACUGUUGUUUCAUUUCUGUGUUUGCAUGGGCUUAAGCUGGAUUUAAACCAAAGUCAGCCAAAUAAUUAUGUUGGUUUCUCACGCUACUGCCUUGAAGGUCACAGCUUGCAAAAUCUGUUCCUCUUAGUGGUCAGUAUUUAUUACAUAACAGCAUGAGCUGACACUAAAGAUUUUGGAAUGACUAAGAAAAAAAAAAAAACAUUUUGGUACAGACAUUAACAUGUCAAAGAACUGUAAUUGUUAAAGGGGGCUGGGUGUUAUGUAAAAACAACUUUUUUAGCUUUACAUCAUGUGUUAUUCCCUCAUUGAAAACAUACUUGGUGUGAUGCUUUGACUCUUUCAUGCAUGUUUUAGAUAUCCUCUGCAGUGUUUAAAAGAAUGGGCGCUUCUUAAAGAGACAUAGGUCCAAUUUCAAGACAUCAAAUUGUGAAGUCAAAUUUUUUUUUUUAGUUAUAUUUGAUAUAUACAUCAUUUUUAUAACAACUGAAGUUGGUAUAGUUACUUGAUUGUGCUUUAAAAUUGCUCUAAACAAUUGCCUAAAUUUUGUAUAUCGAUUGACCAGCCACUGUUUCCCUUCUAUUGUAACCACAAGUCAAAUACAUAGCUGA